AUGUCGUGGCUGUGGAAGGGAGACGAUACCUCUCCUGCGUCUUUCGAGAAAGCCCUCUCCAAGCUAUCCUCACAAAUCACUGCCGCGAAUCUCGCACUUGACACAAGUCGCAGUCGAGAUCGCCGAAUCAAGGCCCUGUGGACUCUUUACACAACCCUCACCUACCUCCUUUACACGUUGAUCAUCGUUCUCGUCCUUGGACCACGGAACUGGUCUAUCUAUCACUAUGCCGGCCUCAUCGGAGCACCAAUUCUCAUUUACUUGGUCCGAAGGUUGGUCGCGGCCUUUUUCGGAUGGAGGAUAAGCCGUCAGCAAGCAUACUUGGAGCAUUUGCAGAAGCAACGGGAACAAAAGAUUGCAGAUCUCAAGAAAGCGACAAAGUAUGACAGUACGCAGGAGCUACUACAGAAAUACGGGGGUGCUCCGUCGACAAAGUCCCCCUCGAAGCAACCGCAACAGGGUCCGAAAAGAAAGGCGAAUCCUCCCACAGACCAACGUCCCGUACAGAGGACUGGGAUUGCACCUCCACCGACGGCAAAUAUUCCAGGAAGAUAUGGCUCCAACCCGCUCCCCGGACCACCGAAUGUACACACGGGCUCUGCACCUACGUCGCCAACCCACGGCCCAUCACCACUCGCAGGCCCGAUGAUGGCACACAGUCCGGUGGAGAUUACGCCAGACUCUCCCGGUUUCGCUCCAAAUGCCUUCUCUAGCAUGCCGCCUCCUUCCAGCACCACGUAUGAUCAACCUCCUCACUGGUAUGACCGCAUAUUGGAUGUCCUUCUUGGUGAGGAUGAAACCGCCGCCAAGAAUCGAUUGGUGUUGUUAUGUUCCAGCUGUCGCUUGGUCAACGGUCAAGCUCCUCCGGGUAUUAGGACACCAGAAGAACUAGGGCGCUGGAGAUGCAGUGGUUGCGGCGCUUGGAACGGCGUCGAAAGCGAGGGGGCAAAAGUUGUCAAAGAAGUAACUGCUGCUUCAAAGACUGAAGAUGGAGACGGUUGGGAGAGCGUCCCGCGGGCUGCGGACAUUCGAGAAGAGAGUCCUGAAGACUCCAAGUCCGAAGAGAUGGCUGAUACCAGCAAUCAAGGAACCACUGGACGAGAUGGGGAUGACGCUGCUGGACUCACCAAGAGAGUCACCCGUAGCACAGGCAAAAAAGAUUCCCUUGAGUCUUUGCAAUGA